AUGGCAGCCGUCGCACAGGACUUCUCUGCUGAGCCAGCAGCGGCCAAGCAGACCGUCACCCACCCGCUUGCUCCGUUGACUCCAUCGGAGAUCGCCACCACUGCUGACUUGUUGAAGUCGGUAUGGCCAGCCAACGCCGACCUUCGCUUCAAGAUCAUCACUCUCGAUGAACCUCCCAAGAAGCAGAUGAUCCCCUAUCUCGCUGCCCGGGAUAGUGGUUCGCCGUUGCCCUUUAUCCCUCGCAAGUCCUUUACGUCAUAUUAUAUCCGAAACACCAAUCGAUUCCAUGAGGCGGUUGUGGAUCUUUCGGCCGGCAAGGUCGAGAGCAAUGUCCGCCUCGGCCCAAAUCUGCACGGAAAUGCCGAUUACGAGGAGAUUUUGAUGGUGGAGAAGAAUGCUCUCGAGGAUGAAGGCGUUAAAGCCGCCAUCGCCAAGUUGCAGCUUCCCGAAGGCACCGCUGUCUGUGCCGACCCUUGGAUUUAUGGCUCCGACGGCAUCAACGAUGACGAGCGAAUCUUCCAAGUUUUCUUGUACAUGCGUGAUCCCGCCAAUUCGAGCGAGCUGGACUCGAACCAUUACGCUUUCCCACUUCCCAUCUCACCCGUGAUUGACUGCACUGAUUACAAAGUCAUUCGCAUCGACUACUUGCCCACGGGCGCCGACAACACAAUCCAUGAGCCACGACCAUACCAGGCCAAGCCCGCCAACGAAUAUAUUCCAGAACACCACCCACUUCGAGAGGAUAUCAAACCCUUACGAGUGAUACAACCCGAAGGUGCUUCAUUCUCUUUGACCCCGACUGGUGAGACGGGCCAUGUUCUGCGAUGGCAGAAGUGGAGUUUCCUGGUUGGCUUUAACCAGCGUGAGGGUAUGGUUCUUUAUGAUGUUCGUUAUGAUGGAAGACCACUCUUCUAUCGUCUUUCACUCUCGGAUAUGAGUAUUCCAUAUGCAGACCCCCGCCACCCAUUCCACAAGAAGCAGGCCUUCGACCUGGGUGAUGCCGGUGCCGGUGUUAUGGCCAACAACUUGAAGCUCGGAUGUGAUUGCUUGGGCCACAUUCAAUAUCUAUCCGCACAUUUCACGGAUGACAAGGGCGUGCCUACACCCUUCGAGAACUGUGUCUGCAUUCAUGAGCAGGAUGCUGGUAUUGGCUGGAAGCACACCAACUAUCGAACCGGUCGAGCGGCGGUGGUGCGAAAUCGAGAAUUGGUGCUGCAGAGCAUCAUCACGGUCUCCAACUACGAAUACAUCUUGGCAUUCAUGUUCAACCAGGCCGGAGAAGUCAUCUACGAAGCCCGAGCUACUGGUAUCCUCAGCACGCAGCCAGUCGAUCACGAACUCGACCAGGUUGGUGUUCCAUUCGGAACCGUGGUACAUCCUGGCGUCCUGGCCGUACACCAUCAACACAUCUUCAGUCUGCGUGUCGAUCCUAUGCUGGAGGGUCACGACAACAGACUCGUUUACGAUGAAGCACACGCCAUGCCUAUUGACAAGGACUGGAACCCCCACGGCAUCGGCUACACGGUGUCUGAAACGGUGGUGGAGAAGUCGAGCGGUAUUGAUCUGGACACAUCGGUGAACCGAACGUUCAAGAUCCAGAACGCCAGCAUUCGCAACCCCGUCAACGGCAAGCCUGUCGCGUACAAGAUCCACGUACCAGACUUCCAAAAGAUCCUCGCCCACCCAACCUCCUUCCACCACAAGCGGGCCGAAUUCGCCGACCACAACAUCUACGUCACCUCACACCAAGACCGCGAGCUAUACGCUGGCGGAUGGUACACGAAUCAGUCACGGGGUGGCACUGGUGUGCGCAGCUGGGCACAGCGCAACGACAACGUCAAGGACACGGAUAUCGUGGUGUGGGUGCAAUUCGGCAUCAACCACGUGCCGCGCAUCGAGGAUUUCCCCGUCAUGCCUUGUGAAAUCAUCAAGGUGAGCUUGAAGCCGGUCAACUUCUUCGACAAGAACCCGGCACUCGACGUGCCGCCUAGCGAGCAGAGUUUCAAUCAGAGCACGCUGGUCGCCGAGCAGCACCAUCAGCCCUCGGUCGAGGCUGUCGUGGGCAAGGAUUGCUGUGUUGUGGAUGAUGCGGCAUCGAAGAGCAAAUUGUAG